GCUCCCGUUUCAGCUUGGUGUCUUUGUUUUGUGUUUCCAUUCAUGGAUUUAAUAAUUGGGACGUGGAGCUUUUGUUUUGAUGCUAUUAGACAGAAGGAAGAAUUCUAUAGAAGCGAGAUUAGUUGUCUGGAUGCAGUAGAAAAUACUAUAAGUCAAAUAGAGGGUGACGAGAGUUACGGGCCAUGCAUUGUCGGGAGGGGCGGGCCCCCAAACUCUGCUGGGUAUCGGGAGUAUGACGCAGCAAUAAUGGAUGGACGCACAUCAAAGUUUGGCGCUGUCACUGCUCUUAGAGGGAUACCACAAGCCGUGUCGGUGGCGAGAGCAGUGAUGGAGCGUAGCCGGCACAGUAUGCUAACCGGGGAGGGGGCAGGGCAAUUCGCUCUGGAGAAUGGGUUUCAUGCCGAGUGUGAAACACCACAUCAAAGUAUCAUACCAGAAAAUGACUCGAAAGGCCACGACACAUUGGGAUUGAUAGCACAGAGAAAGAACGAGCCAGAGAUUGCUGUCGGUGUGUCGACCAGUGGAGCCCCUGGUAAACACCCUGGUAGGGUCGGCGACAGUGCACUCCCAGGAGGGGGACUAUACGCAAACUCCCAUGGUGCUGCCUGCUGUAGUGGAGACGGGGACGAGAUACUCAAAUUUUGUGCUUCCUUCCACAUUGUCCAUCUCAUCUCACAGGGAAGGCUUCCCCAGGAAGCUUGUACAGAAGUCAUACAGAAAAUUUACAACCAAAAUAAUCACCUGGAAAUUGCUGUGAUUGCCUCCGAUAUAAAGGGUAAUUAUGGGGCUUGUUCUACCGUGAGGUCGUGGACUGACCCGCUGACCCAGAAACAUUAUGAAGGCUUCCCCUAUGUCCUCUGGACCAAAGAUAUGACCUGUCCAGAAAUCCGACUGGCCACCACCGUCUCUUGAUGACAGGAAAGACAACUCCAGAUGGACCGAGUAUGACUGAUUGAUAUGUUAACAAUGUACAUGAAGAAGCUAUAAACAUGUUCAAGGCAAUGUCCAUUUGCACACUUGGAACACUGAUUAUGACUUGAGUUUAUUCAAGCAGACUGUUCGUUUUUUCUGAGCCUUGUACAAAUGUUACACAAAUAGAGACAAGGCACUGAAUCAGAGAAAAUAUUUUAUGAAGAAUAACAAUGUAAUACAGCUACAUGUACAUGUAUAUAUUCCUUGUUACAUGUAUAUAACAAUAUUAAUGCAAUAAUUUUGGGAAAGACAGAAUAAAAUGAAGAUUUUUGCUUUUCA